GAGCGAACGAACGACAUUCAACCGGAUUCGUUUCACAUCGGGUCUUUCUCGCGCGCUGACGACUUGUUGCACGGCGUUCCGCGUACGCGAUUGAGUUGGAUCUAUCGAACAACAUCCACGAAGGAUAUGCCCAUGGAAUCUUGAAACUUCUCGACGACGCGGCCGCAGCGUCUUGUCACUUUGGAUUUUGCAAUACUUUGCUUCACAUGCGCCUCUAUUCCGCUCUAGCGACCGCUGUUGCGAUGGCAUCUGCAGCCCCAUUCAACGGCGUCCGUCCCGCGAUGGCGUAUCCCGUGCAUGCAAAUGCGAACGCUGCCUCGGACCAGCUUUCCACUGUGUCGACCACUGUCCGCAAACGACGAUUGCCCCCCCACACGCUCGUGGGGUACUGGCACAACUUUGCCAACCCGUCGGGACCCACGUUUCCCCUGCGUGAGAUCAGCUCCGACUGGGACGUAAUUGUCGUGGCGUUUGGGUCGAGUGUCGGGGGCGGCACAGUCAAAUUCGACCUGGACCCGGCUGCAGGGACCGAAGCCCAGUUCAUAUCUGACAUCUCGACCCUCCAAGGCAGAAACAAGACUGUCGUGUUGUCGUUGGGCGGCCAGGACGGUACAGUGUCGUUGAAUGACGCAGCGGAAACGGCCCGUUUUGUCGACUCCGUGGCCGAGCUAUUGGCAAAAUACGGAUUUGACGGGAUCGACUUGGACGUCGAAACCGGGAUAUCCCAGGGCCUUCCCAUCGUGAACAACUUGAUUUCGGCCGUGAAACAGAUCAAGCAGCGCGUUGGCGAUUCAUUCUACUUAAGCAUGGCCCCCGAACACCCGUAUGUUCAAGGCGGUGCCGUGAGCUAUGGCAGCAUUUGGGGUGCCUACUUGCCUAUCAUUGACGGGUUGCGCGAUGAAUUGACGCAAAUCCACGUUCAGUACUACAACAAUGGUGGGUUCGUUUACACUGACGGUCGGAUGCUGCAAGAAGGCACGGUUGAUUGCCUCGUCGGGGGCAGCUUGAUGCUCAUCAACGGCUUCGAAACCAACUACGGCAAAGGGUGGCGCUUCCGAGGACUUCGACCGGACCAAGUGUCGUUCGGCGUGCCGUCUGGCCCGCAAGCAGCGGGCCGUGGGUUUGCAUCCGCCGACACGUUGCAGAACGCUGUGACGUGCAUCGCCCAAGGCGUUGGCUGCGACACCAUUCGUCCCACCUCCCCACAUCCAACUUUUCGCGGAAUCAUGACGUGGUCCAUCAACUGGGAUAGGUUUGAUCAGUUUGAAUUUUCCCGAAAUGCUCGAGCCGCCCUCGACGGAUUGCCUCAGGUCGUGCAGGUUGGCUCUAGCAGCGCCGUGAAAGAAACGACGGCAACAACAGCCCAAGUCCGCUCAGUUCCUGCGGCGACCCUACCCACUGCACCGAAGAACUGCGGCCGGUGCGACAACUGCUACUAUUCUCCCACGAACGCGUGCUUUUCGGGGUGGACCAAGGCGCAAUGCCGGUCAGUGUCAGUCUUUACUUGGUGCGGAUAA